AUGGUCCGCCUUCAAAAGCUAAUGGAACCGAUUGGAUUCCAGAAAGCUCUAGAGGGUUUGAUGGUUGAUAAUGCCAAUGAUUCUGUUGAAGCCUUGGUGAAUAUGUGGAACACCGAUCUUACUAAGGCCAUCAACACAAUCGCUCCUGAGCGUCCUUUCCGACCCGCCUCAAAUCAGAAGCCCUGGUAUACCGGAGAGCUGAAGAAUAUGAAGCGGAGCACAGGAGAACUGGAAACACGUUGGGAUAGGUGGUGUAUGGUUACUUCUGAAGGUGUCAUGUUUAAAGGAUCUCCCUUUCAGGUUACCAUGGAAGAAGAAUAUGUAGAAGGCCAGUUCAAAAAACUGCAAGAGCAACGUAUGGCUAUGCAGAAGAAAACAUUCACCAACUGGAUCAACAAUGUUUUCUACAAACAUGCUGUGAACCAUAGGAUUCAAGAUCUCUACACUGAACUGAAGGAUGGCAUUCAUUUCUUACAGCUGCUAGAGCUGCUGUCUGCUGAGAAACUACCCAAGCCAAACAAGGGCAAGAUGAGGGUUCAUUUUCUGGAGAACAACAGCAAAGCCAUCCAGUUCCUCAAAUCCAAGGUACAUGUGAAGUUCAUUGGCCCUGAAAACAUUGUAGAUGGAGACGGAACCCUUAUCCUGGGAUUAAUAUGGAUAAUUAUUCUCAGGUUUCAAAUUGAAUUUAUCCAUCUUGAUAAGGAAGAAUUUGGUUCCAGAGCUGAUGUCCUUUCUGCCAAUGAUGCUCUACUGAUCUGGUGUCAGUGUAAGACUGCCAGCUACUCCAAUGUCAAUGUGAAAGAUUUCUCCAAUAGCUGGAGCGAUGGGCUAGCCUUUAAUGCACUCAUUCAUGCUCACAGACCUGACCUCAUCCAGUACAGUUCUCUGAGACAUGACCAGCCCAUCAGCAACCUAAAUAAUGCCUUCACUGUGGCAGAGAAGCAGCUGGGAAUCAUAAAACUGCUGGAUGCUGAGGAUGUGGCAGUACCCUUUCCAGAUGAGAGAUCUAUCAUGACCUAUGUGUCAUUCUACUACCAUUACUUUUCCAGGGCGAAACACAACCAGACAGUUCAGAAAAGGCUUGCUAAAAUUGUGUUCUUCCUGAAGGAGACAGAUGACUUGAAGUCCCAGUAUGAACAAAUGGUCUCUGACCUCUUGAAAUGGAUAAAAAUCAAAGUAAGGGAACUGGACGAUCACUCAUUUCCCAAUUCCCUAGAUGAAAUGCGUCUUCUCAUGGGCAACUUUAAGUUCUUCCGCACUGUGGAGAAGCCUCCCAAGUACCAGGAGAAGGGGAUAAUUGAAGCCAAUUUCUUCCACAUCAGAACCAAACAGAGAACCAGCAACCAGCGUGCUUAUCUGCCCCCUGAAGGAAGGACACUAAGAGAUCUGGAAAAGGAAUGGAUCAUUUUGGAGAAGGCAGAGCACAACAGAGGAAAAGCAAUACAGCAGGAGCUAUUGAGACUUGAGAGGGUUGAACAACUAGUCCAGAGAUUUCUGAAGAAAGCUGCCAUUCGUGUGGCCUAUUUGGAGGACAUGAGGGGGAUCAUGAGGAAGCAAGAGGAAUGCCGACCUGAUAGUAUGGAGGAACUUGAGGCAGCUACAAGGAGGCUUGAGGCCAUUGCUGGAGACAUGCUUUCCCGAAGCCAGCGCUUCAAAGCACUCUCUGAGAUGGCAUCAGAAAUCAGACGGGAGAACUACCAUGAUAAGAUCCAGAUUUCAAAAAUGCAAAAGGAUAUUGCACAGCAAUGGCAAGAUCUUUUGAACCAGCUCAAAAGACAGAGACACUUCAUAGCAGACAUGCAGGAAGUUCUGCUCCUCUUAGGAGACAUUAAUACCGUUAUGGAGGAACUUAAAGGGUUGCAGAUUCUAUUGAGUUCUCAGAAUUGUGGUAAAGAGCUAUUAGAAGCAGUAGAUCUAUUGCAGAAACACAAAUUGGUUGCCUCCCAGGUCUCCUCCUUUGGAAACACUGUCAGGCAUAUUGAUGAAAGGGCAGACAAGACCGUAAAAGGUAGACUGGUCAAAUCAGAUGUGCUUCAAGCUAAACUUCGGAUGCUCCAUCAGUUCUAUCAAAAUUUAGUGGAUCUCUGCAAAACACGUCAGCAUCAGCUGGAAGAUACUUUGAAGAUUUUUGAGUUUUUCCAUGAGUGCAAGGAAGAGGAAUGCUGGCUAUUGGAUAAGCAGAAACUGGUGAAAACAAGAAUUUUAGGGCGUGAUCUCAGUCAUAUUAUGAUCUCUCUCCAGAGCCAUAAGGCUCUACAAGUUGAGUGCAACUUCCACCAACUGAUUUGUUCCAAGAUCAUCUGUAAGGGUCGGGAGCUAAGUCAGAAAAGUCCUUCAAACCAGAAAGAUAUCCAGAGAAGGACUAACAGUAUCCAGCAGAUUUGGCAACAGCUCCAAGAUGAAAUGGUCAAUCAGAAAAUCCAACUGGAGGCAGCUGCUCUCAUCAAACAGUAUUUUGCUGAUAUUGAUGAGGUGGAGUCUCGGCUGCAGGAACUGCAAACUCUCCUAACUAGUGAGGAUUAUGGGAAGGAUGAAUCCAGUGCUGAAUCUUUGUUGCAUCGCCACUUUCAUCUGGAGAAGGAGCUUGGUACUUAUUCUUCAGAAAUAAGCCACCUAGAAGAGCAGGCUCAUUUUGUGGCACGUCAGGCUGCCUCCAUUAUGGUAUCAAUGCCAGCAAUGAACAGAGAGAUCCACAACAGCACAAACCAGAAAGUAGUGAAAACACCAGAAAGUCAUUCUGUGUCAAGAAUUUCUGCCCAAACUACAGUCACCAGCCCAUUUGGAUCUGAUCCUCAUUUUGUUACAGAAAACAUCUGGAAAACCCAGAAUAAGUUAAACUUAUUAUAUGAAAAACUGCAAACCAUGGCUGAGCACAAGAAAAAAGAACUAGAAGAAAGGAUCCGACUCUACAAGUUUUACAGCUCCUGUGAAGAAUUUCAAUCUUGGAUAGAAGAUAAAGAGAAAAUUUUCCAGACCAUUCAGCCAAAAGCAGAUAAUGUGGAUGUUAUGGAGCAGAAAUACCAGAGUUUCCUGAUAGAAUUGGCUGCUGGUAAGAGCCAACUGGAUGAGGUCAUUUGCUUAGCAGAUAUGUUUUCUAACAGCAGCCCUGGAAAACAGAAUGAGAUCCAAACCUGGAAGAAAGAGAUAAACUUGAGGUGGGAGCGUCUGGAAGUAUUAAAAGAAGAGAAAGGCUCAGAGCUGAUUGGUGUGGCUGAUGUGAAGACAUUUCUUCAGGACUGCCAAAACACCCAAAGGUUGCUACAAGACAAGUUGGUCCUUCUUGAGGAUUUAGGACACAGGAACAAGUCACCUGUUCUGGAGGCAGAGGCACGCAAGCUUGCAGCCUUUGAGAGAGAAGUCUUAGUGCUGGAGAGAAAAACUGAAUAUCUUAACAGUGUGGCCAAAUCGAUCAAAGAUACUAAUCCCAGAGAGAGCAGGGCCAUAAAGGAACAAGUAGAAGACAUGGAGGAGCUGCUGUCAACACUAAAGUCAAAGGCAGAUGAGGGAGGAAAGGCUCUGCAGGUAGCACAGGACCAGCAGGCCUUUCUGCAAGAAAGCCAGAGACUCCUAUUGUGGACAGAAGGCAUGAAGGAGAAAAUGACCAGUGAGGAGAUGGGCAUAGAUGUUGUCACUGCAGAGCAACUGCUGAAAGAACACCAGGAUUUGCUGAAGGAAAUACCCACUCAGAACCACAGAUUUAAGCAACUGCAAGCAUUGGGCCAGAAGAUUAUGGAUGGUCCAUCUGACAGUAGAGCGUUGGAUGUUUAUGAGUCUGUACACAAACUUGCUCAGAAGAGGAACGAGUUGGAUGAGUUGUGGGCAAAGCGCCGAAAGAAGCUUCAGGAAGGUGUAGAACUGCAAAAAUUUAACAAAGAAAUUGAUAGUAUCCAUGCUGCUCUCUCCAGUCAUGAAGCCUUUCUUCGGACUGACAAUCUUGGGAGCCAUGUCGAUUCUGUCCGAAGUCUCCUGAAGCGCCAUGAGGAUUUUGAACGAGUGCUGCUUGGGCUGAAACACCGAGCAAACAUAGUCAAUGAGCAUGGAGAACAACUGGUAGAACGGGGCCAUUUUGCUUCCCAAAUGAUUGAAGAAAAAAUCAGUGCUUUACAUGAAAGAUGGAAAUUAUUAACAAAUAAUAAUGAACAGAGGAAAAAACAGUUACUAGAAUCACUUCUGCUACAGGAGUUUAAUCAUGACACUGCCGAGCUCUUGAUGUGGAUGGAAGAGAAAUACAAGAUAGCAUCGGAUGAAUCCUAUCGUGACCCAACAAAUAUCCUGAGGAAGCUGAAAAAGCAUGAGGCUGCCGAGCAGGAAAUGAUGGCCAAUAAGAAGCAUUUUGUGGAGCUAAUGGUGGCAGGAAACCAGUUGGUUCAGGAUGGCCACUAUGCUGCAGAUUCAAUUCAGGACAAAAUGUCAGAGCUGAAGAAGAAAUGGGAGAAACUCUACAGCAAGAUGAUGGAUCGAGGAGACAAACUGAGGCAGGCUGGACAGCAAGAACAACUAAUGGAACUUCUUGAGGAUGCUGAAGAGAAAAUAGAAAAGAUUGAGAAGACCCUUCGAGAUGCAGAGAUGGGUCAUGACUUGCGUUCUAGUCGCAAUUUGCUCAAGGACCACAGGCAACUGGAAAAUGAGAUGCAAGGGUUGGCUGAGAAAAUGAGUUCUAUUGUGUUCCAUGCAGAGAAAAUGGCUACAAAUCAUUUUGACAGGGAAAGUAUUCUGGAUGAGACGCAGAAGUAUUUGGCAAGGUUUGAAGCUCUUCAAGAACCACUUUCUGAGAGAGGUCACCUGCUGCAGGCAAGAGUAGAACUGUUUCAGUUCUGCCAUUACCAUGACAUGGAAAUGAAGUGGAUUAAUGAGCGAAAGCCAGUUGCCAGCUCCACAGACCGGGGCAAGUCCUUGAAUGUGGCUCAAAGCUUGCUGCAGAAGCACAAGGAAUUGCAAGUAGAAGUGAAUGCUCAUAAGCAUCAAGUUUCCAGGGUUCUAGAGAAAGGGAAAGAUAUGAGAGAAAGUAAACACAUGCCAUCCCAGAAAAUCAAGGAAAAGUGUCAGGAGCUGAGUGAAAGCUGGCUGGAGCUGGAGAAAGCAUGUGAAGAAAGGAUUGACCAGCUACAGCAGUCUGUUGCCUUCCAUCAGUACUUAGUGGAUGUCUCGGAUCUGGAGAACUGGAUACAAGAGAAGCUCCCAGUGGUAAUCAACAAGGACUGUGGUAAAGAUGAUGCUGCAACUCUCAAACUCAUUAAAAAACAUGAGGCCCUGGAGCAUGAAAUCAACAUUUAUCAGAAUUUAGUAGUGGAACUGGCCGAUACUGCUAAAACUCUACCCCUCUCAGGAUCCAUCCACUAUGAUGAAGUUGAUGCUCCUCAGGAACAAGUUCACUCACAACUUCAGGAGCUGCAAGAUCUGGCCAUAGGAAGGAGGGAAAAGCUGGAGGAGACACUUAUCCUGCAUGAUUUCCUGAGAGAAUAUGAGAAUCUGGAGGAAUGGAUGAGUCGCCAGAAGCAGGUGGCUGUUUCUGAAUGCUCUGGGACCAAUUAUGAGCAUAUCUUGCAUCUUCGUGCCAAAUAUGAAACAUUCCAGCAUCAGUUAGAAGUUUCUGCCAAGCGGGUAGCCAUGUGUUAUCAGCUAGCAGAGAACAUGUUAGCUCAUGGACACCAUGAAUCCAGGGAGAUUCGGAAGAAGCAGAAACAGUUACGGAAUAAUUGGGAAGAAUUGCUGGAGAUGACAAAAGUGCAGGGGAAACGACUGCAAGAUGCUGAGGCAACACACAAGUGCCUACAAGACCUGACAGAAGCCCUUACCCAUAUUGAGGAGAAAGCAAAAGCCAUCCCUGAAGACAUCGCUAGAGACUUGAGUGGUAUCCAAUCUCAGCUACGCAAACAUGCAUCGCUUGAGUAUGAAUUGUUCGGGAAUGAGCAACAGCUGCAGGAACUGAUUGAUGCUGCAGAUGGCAUUCUCUGCCAAUGCUCUGAAAGUCAAGCAGAAGAGAUACAAGCAAAGCAACAGGCUGUGGUCGAGAACUGGGAGGCCUUGAGGUGUAAAGUUGAGCAAUGCAGGGAGCAGCUGGAACAAGUGUGCAGACUGUACCACUUUCAAACACAAGUACGGUACUAUGCUUCCUGGGCAUCUGAAAUGGUUAGAGAGAUGGCAAUUGAGGAGAAAAUUCGAGAUGUGUCUGCCAGUUGUCUGAAAAUGAAUCAGCAUCAGCAGCUAUGGGCAGAGUUUGAGGCCCGUGAUGGGGUUUAUGAACAAGUGUUACAGCUGGGACACAAGCUACAACUGGAACAAAAAAUGGCAGCAAAAGAAAUCCAAGAUGCAUUGCAGGCUCUGUUGGAAGCAAAGGGCAAAGCAUACCACAAGUGGGCCCAAAAGAAAGAAUGGCUGGAGAAGAACCACUUUCUGCUAAUAUUCUACAAGGACUGUAAAAACCUAGAAAAUAUCUCAAACUCCCAAGAGAUGUAUUUGAAAAGCAGUGACUUUGGGAACACAGUGGAUGAGGUGGAACAACAAAUCAAGAGACAUGAGGCUUUUGAGAAGAUUCUGGCCUCUCAAGAUGAAAAGGAAUUAUUUCUUCAGGAACAAGCAGAAAAGCUGCAACAGGACAGUGAACUGGAAGGAAAACAGAUCCAGCAUAAGCUGAAUAUCAUGUUAGAGAAAAGAAGAUGCAUCAAAGAGCUUUCUCAAAGCAGGCAAGAAAAACUCAAGACAGCUCUCCUGCUGGCUCUCUUCUACCAGAAUCUAGCAGAGGCAGAGAGCUGGAUUGAUGAGUGUAUACAAAAGCUGGAGGACUCUUCUUUUCAAAAUCCCCGCAAUCUGAGUGACAAAAUGAAGCUUCUUCAGAAGCAUCAGGUGUUUGAGACUGAGAUUCUGGCUCAUGAGGAUCUAAUAGCUACUGUUAACAAGAUGGGAGAUAUCCUACUAGGCCAGAAUCAUCCAAAAUCAGGAGAUAUUCGGCAUAAAACUCGCUCACUUCAAGAACAUUGGGAGAUGCUGAAAAGUGCUAUUGCUGCACGUGGAAAGAUGCUUGAAGAAAAUAGAGAUUUCUUGGAAUUUCUACAAAAAGUGGACCAUGCAGAAGCCUGGAUUAGAGACAAGGAAGUCAUGAUUAAUAUUGGUGAUGUUGGAAAUGACUAUGAGCAUUGCCUACAGCUCAUUAAAAAACUGAAUGAGUUCCGUGGAUCAUCAGGGGGAAUGACAGUGGAUGAUGCCCACAUCAGUGCCAUCAAUGCCAUUGCUGUACAAUUAGAGAAAGACAAUACAGAAGAGAUGAAAACAAUAUACCAGAGACGAAAGCAGCUCAAUGAAAGGUGGAACAAUUUUCAUUGUGAUCUAAAAGCUUACAGGCGGAAGUUGGAAGGAGCUUUGGAGAUCCAUGCCUUGAUCAGAGAAACUGAUGAUAUCACAGAGAGAAUCACAGAAAAGACUGCACUAAUUCAGACACUGGAUUAUGGGAAAGACAUAGCAAGUACUGAAAACCUAAUCCGGAGACAUGAAGAAAUGGAGAGAGAAAUUGGUAUCAUUCCGUCUAAAAUGGAGCCACUGGAGCUGGACUCACUCCCACUUUGCAAAAGGAAUCCAUCUUCCUUAAGUGACAAACUGGCUACAAAACAAAAAGAAAUGAAAAACCAUUGGCUACGACUUCAGGGUCUGACCAAGCAAAGGGGUGAGAAGUUGGCAGCCUCUUACCAGUUGCACAAGUUUGACUCUGAAAUGAGGGAGCUACUAGACUGGAUUCAAGAAGUCAGAGGUCGGAUUGAGGUUGGAGGUUUUCCGAAAAGUUUUGCCGAGGCUGAAAGUAUGAUUGAGGAGCAUCAAGAAAGAAAGGCAGAGAUUGAAGCACGAGGGGAAAGGUUUGAGGCACUCAGCAACUACAGUCAGAAACUCACCAACUCUGGUCAUUAUGCAACUCCUGAGAUUCAUCAUUCCCUCAUCCAACUACAACAGGCAUUGACGCAAAUGAUCCAGGCUUGGCAAGAACAACAUCUAAAACUGCUUCAAGCCAAGGACUUACAGAAAUUCUUUGGUUAUGUGGAGCAGAACGAAAGCUGGCUUGGCGGCAAAGAGGCCUUCCUAGCAAAUAAAGACUUGGGGGAUUCAGUAUCCAGUGUAGAAAAGCUGCAACAAAAACAUGUGCAAUUUGAAAAAGACCUGGAAACACAACUGGAGAAGAUUGAUAUGAUGGCCUCCUUUGCCCAGCAUCUGAAGGACGAACACCAUUAUGACUCUGAGAAUAUAAUGAACAAAUGCCAAGCUGUCCUAAGAAGAAAGGAGAGACUUCUGGAAAUCAGUUUAGCUCGCAAGCGUCUGCUAGAGGAGUCAUGGCUGCUACAAAAAUUUCUCCACAAUUCCUUUGAGGUUGCUGCCUGGAUGGCUGAGAAAAACAGCAUUGCCCUUGAUGAGACUUGGAGAGACCCAAGCAACCUUCAAGCCAAAUUGCAAAAGCACCAGACUUUUCAAGCAGAGAUUGUGGCCAACAGAAACCACCUCCAUAAUAUAAAUGUAGAAGGAGGGAAAAUGCUCCAAGAAGGACAUUAUGCUUCUGAUGCCAUCCAGUCCAGAUUGCAGGAAAUAGAUGAGCUUUGGAAUGAGCUGCUAGAAAAUUGUGAUAAAAAAAGGAGAAAGAUGCUGGAUGCCUACAAGGCCCUACAUUUCCUACGCAUUGUGGAUGAUGUGGAGAAAUGGUUGGAUGAUCUUGAAAGUGAGAUGAAACUACCAGAAGACGGCAGUAAUCUCCUGGUUCUCAAUGAUCUCCUGAAGAAGCAGGAGGAACUGGAAGAAAGUUUUCUUGGACACAGGGAUCAGUUGCAAGGUCUUAUCAACACCAUGCAAGAAUUCCAAGAAGGAAAGCAUUUUCUGGCAGAUGAGAUAGAGGAGCGAGUGGACCAUGUGGUGCAUAGGUACAAAAAUUUUAGAGAACCAUUGCAGGAGAGGCGAGGGUGUUUGGAGGCCAGCAGGUUGCAGUACCAGUUUCUUCAGGAUGUCAAUGAGGAGUUAACCUGGAUUCAUGAGAAACUUUCCCUGGUUUCCUCCAAAGACUAUGGUCAAUCUCUAACAACUGUUCAGAGCUUACAGGAAAAGCAUCAGAAUUUAGAAAAUGAGAUUAACAGCCAUGAUGCUUUAACUAAAGCUGUGAUCAGCACUGGGCAGAAGCUGGUGAAGGGAGGGCAUGCUGCCUCAUGGGAUAUCAUGGAACAAAUGAAAGAACUGGAGAUUUCCUUAGCAAACCUGAAGGGUGAGGCUCAGAAGAGAAGGAAGAAACUCAUGCAGUCCUAUGAAGCUCAACAUUUUCUCACAGAGCUUUUGGAAGUGGAAUCUUGGAUGGCAGAGAGAGGGUUUGCCCUAGAAAUUCCAGAUUAUGGGAAAGAUGAAGAAUUGACUCAAGCUUUGAUUCGUAAAGUGGAGACUUGCAAACUGGACCUGGGAGGAUUUAAGCCUCGAAUUGAAAAGCUAGGAGAGACAGGAUCCUAUCUUUCAACCAGUGACAACCCAGAGAGCUCGUCUGUCCUUGCAAAGCUCCAGACAAUCUUAGAAGACUAUACCUCUCUCCAGCAGAAGGCAGAGACCCAAAGAAAGGGUCUGGAAGAACAAUCUCAGCUCCAUCAAUUUGAGAGGGAAGUCCACCUGGUUAACACCUGGCUUUUGAGCAAACAGAAUGUGGCUGAAUCUGAUAACUAUGGUCAAGAUUUGGAGGAUGUUGAGAAUCUCAGGGCAGCUCAUCAGGUUCACCAAUAUGAUUAUGAUGUGGAUGAUCUAAAGGGAUGGAUGCAGGAGAAAGAGGCUGUUCUGGACAGAGAUGAUUAUGGUUAUGACCUGCCAGGUGUGCAGACCCUCCUCAGACAACAUGAGGGAGUAGAAAGAGAACUAGCAGCCAUUGCAAAAGAGCUGGAAAGGGUAAGGGGGGAAGCCUGGCGUCUUGGCCGUCUUUAUCCUCAGCCCAGGGACAACAUGAUGAGCAGGCUCUCUGAAGUGGAUGGGUGCUGGGACAAACUGGAGUGGAAGUCUGCAGAGAGAAAGCAAAAGCUGCAGCAAGCUGAAAAGGUCCAGAUGUACUUCAAUGAUUGCAGAGCACUAAUAGCCUGGGCCAAGGAGAUGCAUGCUCUGGUUAUAUCUGAGGAGCUGGCAAAUGAUCUGCUUGGUGCUGAGCUGCUUAUAAAACGCCACGAGGAGUACAAACAUGACAUAGAAAAACAGUGGCUGAAAUAUGAAGAUCUGGAACAAAUUGGAAACAGCAUGAUGAUGGAUGGUCAUUUUAUGUCUAUAGAGAUUCAAGAGAAACUUUCGGAACUGUUGGAGAUGAUGGCAAAAGUGCGGGAAUCCUGGGACCUGAAGAAGAAUUUGUAUGAGGAAAAUUGGGAGAUCCAGUUACUAAGAAGGGAGCUGGAUCUAGCUGAAGCUUGGCUGACUGCCAAGGAGGGCUUUCUCUCAGAUCCUAACUAUGGGCAUUCUGUCUCUGAUGUUGAGCACCUAUUGAAGAAACAUCAGGACUUUGAAAAAAUGCUCCAGGCCCAAGAGGAGAAGUUUGCACAAUUAAAUAGAAAGACAAAGAGGGAAUUGAAGCUACUGCAACAAAUUGAUAUGGAGGAGGAAAGAGAGAGGGGGAAAUUGAUCAAAGUUCCCUCUCUAAGAAGAAGAUAUUCAGACAGGAGAACAGCACACACAAAACUGCUAGAUCCAAGGAAAACUCCACAAUUGCCAUCAGUAUCCUCAGCUCCCACCUUGAGGCUAACCCCAGAACAGUUUGUUUCCCCUAACCAAAAGCCUACAGAGAGUUCGUACCAACUCAGACAUGGAGAAAAUCCAAUUUUAGCUGGCUCCAGUAGUACCACUGCACCUAAGUUGCUUAUCCUACAAGAUUCAGUUCUGGAAACCCCAAAGUCUGUGCUUUCUUCAUUACCAUCUAAACUGAAACUUAAGCAAACUGAGAGCAAUUUGUUACCAGCAUAUGCUAGUGAUUUAGAAGCACUGAACAUGGAAAAUGUUAGUGAUACCUCCCUCUCCAAUGUGGAAACCAAAGACAUUAAGGCUUCACCUAGUAGAGACUCAUUUGAUACUUCUCCAAUUUUUGUACAUUCUGAUUUACCUCCUGAGAGAUUGGGAACUGUUUCUCAGGUUUCUGCAGCACCCCACAACAUGGAGGGUUGCCUAGAAAAGCUGGACCAAAUUCUUCCAGGAAGAAACCAACCAAAGACAAGGGCUUGGAACACUUAUUAUCUUAAACUUGGAAAACAAAAACUUGAGUUCUACAAUGAUGAACAGGAAGCAUCUCAGAAUACAAUUCCAGUUUUCUCAGUCAGCACAACUGGAGCCAAAUGUGAGAGACUGAGAGGAUAUUUUGAGAAAGAACAUGCCUUCAGAUUAAGCAUAGCUAAAUUCUGCAGAGGAUCUUGGAGACAACGAUUAUCUCAAUCCAUUUCAAACUGGCUUCAGGUUGGGAUACGGAGUGGAAACUGCUCCCUGGUCGCUUUGGUCGAUGAUCUCCGUCUGUGCAUUGACAGCGGAAGUUUGGCCCUUGUGGUGCUCUUGGACAUCUCAGCAACCUUCAAUACAAUUCCAGUUUUCUCAGUCAGCACAACUGGAGCCAAAUGUGAGAGACUGAGAGGAUAUUUUGAGAAAGAACAUGCCUUCAGAUUAAGGUUGCACGAUGGAUCAGAGUACUACUUUGCUGCACCUUCUCAGAAGCUAAUGGAGGACUGGGUGCAAGCAUUAUGGGAGUGCCAUAGUAUCUGGCAAUUUUCUCCAAACGAGUUUCUAGACACAUCAAAUCCAGUGAGGCCUCAGCUGAUACCUUGGAUAUCUACAGCUGGAGGUUCUGCUGAAGGACAGAUUACCAAAAAUCUCCUUCCAAGGAGAACUCCUUCAUUCAAGAUUACACAUGAAAAGAAGCCUAUUCAAAGUUUUCAUGAAACAGAAGGAUUGCCACAUGAGGACUCUGAGUCUGAUCCAGCAACUAUGUUGAAGCCCAAUCUGUCAGAUAUCUCUCAAAGCCAUCUCAAACUGCAGCCUUAUCCUAAUAGAGAAAACAGCAAAGAAACCUGUGGGCAGGAAGACCAAGGAGCCAAAGCUGAACUCACAACAACUGAAUUCAAAAAGAGCUUUGAUGAACUCCAGUCCCCAGGAGUAGAAGAACCAGAGCCAGAUGUAAAGAAACAGAAGAAAAAAAGAGAGAGGAAUGUCUUUAAGAAGUUUUUUACCAAGAAAUAAGAUCAGUCAAAGAAAAAGAAUAUUCCAGUUGUCUGGAUAUGCAAGGCUCUUCUCUUCAUGCCAUCCUAUUGCCUUCAGGUUUUUUUUUUUGUUGUUGUUGUUAAGACACAAGCAGAAGGGGAGAGAUCGUUUGUGUUGGGUAUGUAUUCCAAACAAAAACUACAAUGAAACAGUGCCACUGCCUAUAAUUAAGCACAAUUAUCAUUUAUACUGCACGCUGUAGAGCAUGUUAAAUUGUAUGCAUGUGAAGCCCAUAAAAAAUGUAAUUAUAGG